CCGGCGUUCCCGCACGUCGGGAGAGCCCCUCCGGAACGCCGUUGGAGCUCAGAAGACGGAAGCCUGGGCGGGAGAGCAAAUGAACAGAGCGGGAACCAGAGGAAGCCUACAGGAGGGGAGGGCAGGCCGAGCGCCGGCGGCGAGAGCAGAGAUUGCAAACAGCACAGACCGGAAGUGGGCGUGACUAGGCGCCGGGACCGGAAAUGGGUGGGUCGGGGCGUGGCAGGGGCGUGGUCGCCCGCCCGGGCCCUAGAGGCGGUGAGGUGUCCUGGGCCCCAGUCUUGUGAGCCUAGUUCCCGCGGCCGGCUUAACUCCAGCGCCUUCGCCAGCGCCAUGGGGCCCGGCUGAGCCACCUUCUGGGAACAGCAGGGAUGCAGAUGGAGGGGCCUGUGGAGCCGAGCCCCGAGGCGGUGCUGGGCUUCCUCGCCGAGCGCGGGGGCCGCGUCCGGCACGCGGACCUGGUGGAGUACUUCAGGGGCGCCCUGGGGGGCGAGCCGGAGCAGCGCGCCCGAGCCCGCGCGCGCUUCAAGGAGCUGGUCAACGCCGUUGCCACCGUACGCACUGACCCCGCCGACGGCACCAAGUAUGUGCACCUGAAGAAGCGCUUCUGCGGGGGAGUCCCGCCGCCAGUGGACCCGCCCUGCCUGACCUCUGAGCCCACCCGCGACUCUCCUGGUCCGUCCCCUGAGACCCCGCGUGACCUGCCCGCGCCGCCCUCCGAGCCUUCGCCGGAACCUGCGGGUCAGCCCUCGGAGACCGCUCUUGAGCCGCCCCGCCCACCCCCAGAUGACUGGCCUGCCACUCCGAGGGCCACGCGCCCCGGCCUGCGGGACCCGGCGCCUGGCGGUUCCCCGCGGCCCGGGCGCAGCAGCCCCGCGAGUGCUUGCGGGGGAGGUCGUGGCAGGGGUGACUUGGACAGCGCAUCGGUGACUUCGUCCACGGCGGAGGAGGAGGGCGGCGGGGCCGCUGUGGCGCUGGAACCCCUGGAGCAUGCCUGGAUGCUGUCGGCUGCCGACGGCCACUGGGCCGGCCUGGAAGCGCUGCUCGCCUGCGAACCCAGCCUGUUGGUCAAGCGCGACUUCAUCACGGGCUUCACCUGCCUGCACUGGGCCGCCAAACAUGGGCUGCAGGAAUUGCUGGCCACGCUGGUCAACUUCGCCAGCAAACACCAGCUGCCGGUGAACAUCAACGCGCGCACGAGUGGAGGCUACACCCCCCUGCAUCUGGCAGCCAUGCAUGGGCGCGUGGAAGUGGUGAAGCUGCUGGUGGGGGCCUACGACGCCGACGUGGAGAUCAGGGACUACAGUGGGAGGAAGGCCUCCCAGUACUUGAGUGUAAGCGUCGCUGAGGAGAUCAAGAGCCUGGUGGGCGCUCUGGACGAGGAGGAGGUGGAGAGCUCGGCCGGCAGCGGGGGCGGGCGCUGGAGGCUGUCGAAGGUGCUCCCUGCACACCUCAUCACCUACAAACUCUCACACGUGCUGGAGGAUGGGGACCACCACCACUUGACUGAAGGGUGGGCUGGAGGCAAAGCCAAGGAUCGCAAAUCUUCAGGCAGCUCGGGUGGAAGAAUAAAACCCAGACUCAACAAGAUCCGCUUCAAAACCCAGGUCAUCCACAGCACGCUGUCUUCCCGGGAUCCUGAGCAGCCGCUGGAGGAAGAGGAGGAGGAGCGGACCUUUCGAGGCCACUCGUCCUCCUUCAAGUUGAGACCCAAAUCCAAUGUGUUUGGAUAAAAAGUAAUUGUUUCCCGAAAUGCUAAGGUGUGUCUGUCUUUGGAAAGGAAUACUAGGUAAGUAAGGAAGAGAGACCAGAAAAGACAGAAUUAUGCCUUUUUGAGGAGCUAGGGUGAGUUGGGAGAAAUCUAUUCAGGCUAGUAUUCUAGGGGAAGUGGAUUUCUUUUAAGUGAUUAAUUAAGUGAUACUAGCUGUUCAAUUCAUUCCUGUGUAAGUACCACUUACUAAAAGUAGAAAUUUUUUAAAGGGUGCUUCUUAAUUACAUUUCAUUCUUUAUUUGUGUUAAAGUAAAUGGUUUUAUAAAAAUUUUACUAACAGGAACCUUAAGCCCUUUUAUAAUAAGCUAAGGUGUGUCUGUGGAGGAUUAAUUUGACAAUGUCUCCGUGCCUCCUCCCCACACCACCCCUUGAAACUCUGGUUUCUGAAGACUAGAAAUGUACUAAAUUGGGGAACAGACUUGAUGAUUGAGAGUUCUUGCACUAAGCACUACUGGGUACAUCCAAAGGAAGGAAUAGUGCGCUUAUAUGUAUCUUUUUCUAAAUAGCUACUUUUUGAACAGCAACAAAAAAGGCAAAUUGUAAUGAAACUGGUAACAUUUGUAAGUAUGAACAAAACUACAUGCUACCUUUUUUUUUUUAACUGAUUACAUUUGUUUUUUAAGGUACUACUGAAGGUCAGAUCUGAGAUGAGUUUCAAAAAUACUGAUUAGAAAGCAAUGUAAAUGAAAAUGAAUCCUGUUGGUAUUCUAGUUGUAUUGUAAGUAGCUGUUCAGUUAUGUUUUUAAAGCAGUUUUAAUUUUAAAUCACUGAGGAAAUAGGCACCAUUUACUUUUGAAUUAAACUGUACUUUGGUUUCCACGUUUAUCCAACACCACUGCACUCUGUGGGCCAUUAUUAAUGACUACCCAAACUUAUUUAGAGAGAACACUUAACCUAUGGUACUUUUAAAUAAAAUAUUGUUUCUUGUUCUGAUUGUCAUUAACUUGUUUUUCAGUUGUAACAGUCUAAAUUUGGUAGGGUUUUUAUGCUGGGGUUCACAUAACCUUUGACUGAACUAUAAGGUACGUAGGAAGAAUUACUCAACAGAAACUAGAGUUAGGGUUAAAUUUGAAAAAGAUGGCAUGUUUGUGAGCCUAUGCUAUGAAGUAAUUAUUAAGAAUGAUUCUUCUCUAAGAGAUUUUUUAUUUCACUAAUACGUUCAUAGUUUCUAUAUUUUGCUGCAACAUUUGCAGAUGUUUAGAAUGCUAAAUCUAGUUUUUCAGUUUUUUUUUGCAUCUGCUCAAAGAGCUAUGGUAUAGAUACUGAAAAGCUGGGUGGUAAAUCUUACCAGAUUAAACAUGCACUUUAUAAAAGGAAAAGAGAACAAACAGAAUUAUUUCUGUAUUUAAAUGCUGCUAGCUAUUCAAUUCAUAUGUAAGUGAAAAAUACCACUUAAUAAAGUAGAGAUUUUUUUUUUAAGAGUGGUUCUUAAUUACAUUUCAUACUAUAUUUGUGUUAAAGUAAAUGGUUUUAUAAUUAAAAUUUUACUAGCAGGUACGUUAAGCCCUUUUAUAAUAAGCUAAGAUGUCUGUGGAGGGUUGAUUUGACAAUGUCCUUUCCUGAAAUGUUUUUGGUCUCUUGAGUGCUGACACCGAAGUUGCUAGUACAGGAGUGAGUUACAGAGUGCAGGAGUCCACACAGGAUCUGUGCAGAGCUGUGACAUUUAGGGCUCUUAGAUCUUCAGUUUUCUAAGUCAUAGGAAUUUGUAACAAGUUCAUCAACCAGAUCACUGCCUACAUGGCAAUUGCAUUUGCUUAUAAAGGGGUGAAAAAAAUUCAUGAAAUACAUAAACUACUGUCCGUUUGUCUCCCUUUAUUAAUGUUUUAGGAUUUGGGAAAUGGACCAUGUACAUUUGAAAAGCACAAAAGUGUUGGGGGAGAAGCCUAGUUUUGUGUAAAUUAAAAUAGGUUCACAGAGGGUGAAAAGCAGCAUUGGUUUUGAGUCUAUGCAUUACUAGGUAGUGCAGAAUAAGCUACAAUUUUCCACAGAGAAAUCUUUAUAAUUUCAUAGACAUGUAAAAUUAGGACAACUGUAGACUCCUUCAGAACCAUCUAAAUGUUCUGUUGGUCAGUAUUAAUCUUCUAAACUAUAUGUUAAUAAUUACACAAAACCUACAAUUCAAUUUGCUAAAUCUUUAGAGAUUGAGUUACUUUUUCACACUAAAGGUUGUAACUUUCUGGUAAAAUAAUCAUUUAAAUUUUCCAAAGUCAUUCCUGGAGGAGAGCUGUGGUACCGUUUCUUGUUAUGGUGUGUUUGUGUAAGUGUAGUAUUUUCAGCUACUUAGCUCUACAUUCCUCAUGUUUCAAUUCUUAAUCACAACUAGUAAUAUCUUCAGAGUUGUGCCUACCAUUAACAUGUCAAACACUUAGAUGAUUAUCGACAUGUGACUGUGUUUUAUACAAACAUUCCUGUGCUUUUUACAGGUAGUGUUGAAACUAAUGAAUGUCACUGUUUUGGUGGUAUGAAAAAUGUGAAUAGCUUACGUAGCUUAAAAAAACUAGUACUAGUUUAUUCAUGCCUAAAAUUGAGUCUAAGAUGCCUUGUCUCUCACUUUUUUAAGUAAGUGGAAGUUUGAGAGUGUCAAAUCAGUUUUUAAAGUGCAUUUUUGUCAAAAUAAAAUGUUCAUACUAAA